GGUAAGGCAGCAUCACAGGCUGGAAGUGUUUGGUUUGAUGAAAUCAGGAAGUUGACGUUUUUCCUUUGCAUUCCGUGGUUGUGAGUGUUCCUUCGGCUAUUUUGUCUUCGAUUAAACUUUCACUUGUGGAUGUACCGAAGUUUAGCCUGUUCAAUGCUUUAGAAGCGCAAAAUCAGUACCAUUCGACAGUCCUUGAACACUGCGGACAAUGCGCCCAUCUCUGACCAGUGUCUUCCACCACAGCAGUGACUCAGACUGGGACCAGUCCCACUGACCACCACCACCCUGUGCUGGUGCUCGUUCAGUCCUGCCCUGCUGUGGAGGAGGAGGCAUGUCCUACUGGUCAGUCGGCCUCUCCAAGGCCACUGGAGACACACAGAGCAACAACAUGGAGGAACAAGAGAAACACCAUCUUCAACAAGAUGUUCAACCCUCUGCCAAAGUCCUGUGUCACUGUGUCUUGUUGCAGUUCAACCCUCUGCCAAAGUCCUGUGUCACUGUGUCUUGUUGCAGUUCAACCCUCUGCCAAAGUCCUGUGUCACUGUGUCUUGUUGCAGUUCAACCCUCUGCCAAAGUCCUGUGUCACUGUGUCUUGUUGCAGUUCAACCCUCUGCCAAAGUCCUGUGUCACUGUGUCUUGUUGCAGUUCAACCCUCUGCCAAAGUCCUGUGUCACUGUGUCUUGUUGCAGUUCAACCCUCUGCCAAAGUCCUGUGUCACUGUGUCUUGUUGCAGUUCAACCCUCUGCCAAAGUCCUGUGUCACUGUGUCUUGUUGCAGUUCAACCCUCUGCCAAAGUCCUGUGUCACUGUGUCUUGUUGCAGUUCAACCCUCUGCCAAAGUCCUGUGUCACUGUGUCUUGUUGCAGUUCAACCCUCUGCCAAAAGCAGCAGCAGGCCCACAUCAGAGGGCUGCAGAGACGCUGAGGGCUGCAGAGACGCUCAGGGCUGCAGAGACGCUCAGGGCUGCAGAGACGCUCAGGGCUGCAGAGACGCUCAGGGCUGCAGAGACGCUCAGGGCUGCAGAGACGCUGAGGGCUGCAGAGACGCUGAGGGCUGCAGAGACGCUGAGGGCUGCAGAGACGCUGAGGGCUGCAGAGACGCUGAGGGCUGCAGAGACGCUGAGGGCUGCAGAGACGCUGCAGGGCUGCAGAGACGCUGAGGGCUGCAGAGACGCUCAGGGCUGCAGAGACGCUCAGGGCUGCAGAGACGCUCAGGGCUGCAGAGACGCUCAGGGCUGCAGAGACGCUGAGGGCUGCAGAGACUCAGGGCUGCAGAGACGCUCAGGGCUGCAGAGACGCUGA